GAGCAUCCAGCGCCAACUGGGCCAGCCUGGCGGAGCUGAGCUGCACGCGGCGGGAGAGCGUCAUGGCUGCUUCCAGCCAUCCGCAGGUCUCUGAGCUGCUGGCCGAGGCCCGGCGGGCCUUUCGGGCGGAAUUCGGGGUCGAACCCCAGCUGGCCGUGUCGGCGCCAGGCCGCGUCAACCUCAUCGGGGAACACACGGACUACAACCAGGGCCUGGUGUUGCCCAUGGCGCUGGAGCUUAUGACUGUGCUGGUAGGCAGCCCCCGGAUGGAUGGGCUCGUAUCCCUUCUCACUACCUCUGAGGAUGCCGACGAGCCCCGGAGGCUACAGUUCCCGCUACCCACAGCCCAGCGGUCCCUAGAGCCUGGGACACCCCACUGGGCCAACUACGUCAAGGGGGUGAUUCAGCACUACCCAGCUGCCCCGCUCCCUGGCUUCAAUGUGGUGGUGGUCAGCUCAGUGCCCCUGGGGGGUGGGCUCUCCAGCUCGGCAUCCCUGGAAGUGGCCACGUACACCUUUCUCCAGCAGCUCUGCCCAGACUCGGGGACAAUAGCUGCCCGUGCCCAGGUGUGUCAGCAGGCUGAGCACAGCUUUGCGGGGGUGCCCUGUGGCAUCAUGGACCAGCUCAUCGCCCUGAUGGGGCAGAAGGGCCACGCGCUGCUCAUUGACUGCAGGUCCUUGGAGACAACCCUGGUGCCGCUGUCGGACCCCAGGCUAGCAGUGCUCAUCACCAACUCUAAUGUCCACCAUGCACUGGGCUCCAGCGAGUACCCCCUGCGGCGGCGCCAGUGUGAGGAGGUGGCCCAGGCGCUGGGCAAGGAGAGCCUCCGGGAGGUGAAGCUGGAGGAGCUUGAUGCUGGCAAAGAGCUGGUGAGCAAGGAGGGCUUCCGGCGGGCACGGCACGUCGUGGGUGAGAUCCGGCGCACGGCCCAGGCUGCGGACGCCCUGAGCCGUGGGGACUACCGAGCCUUCGGCCGCCUCAUGGUGGAGAGUCACCAGUCACUCAGGGAUGAUUUUGAGGUGAGCUGCCCUGAGCUGGACCAGCUGGUGGAAGCCGCACUGUCUGUACCUGGGGUUUACGGCAGCCGAAUGACAGGUGGUGGCUUUGGUGGCUGCACGGUGACACUGCUGGAGGCUGCUGCCGCAUCCCGCACCAUGCAGCACAUCCAGGAGCAGUACAGCGGGACCACCACCUUCUAUCUCUCCCAGGCGGCUGAUGGAGCCAUGGUGCUGCCCUUGUGAGGUGCUGCCCUGGAUGGGCGCACGACGGGCAUUGGGCCUGCCUAGGCUGCAGGUCAGCCCCAGGCCUCUGGUGUCUGCUCUCCACAUCUGGGUGCUCAAUAAACUUGUGCCUCUGACCAUGAGCCUGCCUGCCCCAGCAGUGGGUGUGUGCUUGGGUAUCAGAGAGGGUGGGCGUCAGAACUGUCCCCUACUUGGGGUGGUACCUCUCAGGCCCCAGAAGCAUGAACAAGGCAGAGCCAAGUAAUAGCU